UUUUAUCAGUUUAGGGGGUCGAAACGGCAACUGGAUGCAUUAGUCCACACGUUUUUGUUAUUUUAUUACUUUACGUUGCUUGUUGUAAUCACAAUAGGUAGAUAAACAAGUACAGUCGAUGACUAGGUGUUUGUACACCGUGAAAAUUGGCGGGAACAGGGUGCGACGCGACGCGUCAUUCAUUUCUAACGUGCGAGCGGUUAGCAAGUAGCUUAGCUUAGCUAAUGGCGCCCCGCAUUAUUUGACAAAAGUCGCACGUAAACAUUAGACAUCAGACUUGUUGCCAGCCAAUUUGUGGUUGUGUUUACUUCUGAGGUCUUUCCGGUGUCCUAGUUUCUGUUUCAGCCCUGUUUGUUGUCUCAUAGCUGAAUUAUUGAUCUUGAAGCUGUCAGCACAGCUCGCGCUCUUGGUGUAAACAUGACUGAGUGUUAUAUUCGCGUCGCGGAGGACGAGAACGAGGAGCCGAUGGAGAUCCCGUCCGAGGAAGACGGCACCGUGCUGCUCUCCACCGUCUCCGCGCAGUUUCCCGGUGCCUGCGGCCUUAGAUACCGUAGCCCCGUGUCUCAGUGCAUGAGAGGGGUCCGACUAGUGGAGGGGGUUCUUCAUGCACCCGAAUCAGACUGGGGCAAUCUGGUGUACGUGGUCAACUAUCCAAAAGAUAACAAGAGGAAGAUGGAUGAAAUGGAUGCUGCAUCGGCUGUGAAGAUCAAGAGAGGUGUGCAGAAGACAUCAGAUUUGAUUGUGCUUGGGUUGCCAUGGAAAACAACAGAGCAAGACCUUAAAGAUUACUUCAGCACUUUUGGAGAGGUGAUCAUGGUGCAGGUGAAAAGAGAUGCAAAAACUGGAAAUUCCAAAGGAUUUGGCUUUGUAAGAUUUACAGACUACGAAACACAAAUAAAAGUCAUGUCCCAGCGGCAUAUGAUUGAUGGAAGAUGGUGCGACUGCAAACUUCCAAACUCAAAGUAUUUCCUGGAACAGGCUGGCCCGGAUGAGCCUAUGAGAAGCAGGAAAGUAUUUGUGGGCCGCUGCACCGAGGACAUGACAGUCGAUGAGCUUAGACAGUUUUUUAUGCAGUACGGCGAAGUCACAGAUGUGUUCAUUCCCAAACCUUUCCGAGCCUUUGCCUUUGUCACCUUUGCUGAUGAUCAGGUUGCCCAGUCCCUGUGCGGUGAGGACCUGAUCAUUAAAGGAACCAGUGUGCACAUCUCCAACGCUGAGCCUAAGCACAAUAAUAUUCAUCACCUCUUUUCCAAUUUCCCGGGAAGAAGCCCCUCGUUGGCCGCAAUGUUCGAGCGAUCUCAGUAUCAGUUCCCUUCUUCCCAUGUGUAAAUGCUUUGCCAUCAAAGAGCACAGCUUCACUCUGCAUAUACUGUGUUAGACGGUGGGUGUUGUCUUUUUUUCCCUUUUUCAUGGAUGAAAUCUGUCCGCUUUUUUGAGAGCUGAGAGUGAUAUGGUGAUGGAUUGUUGGUGCGCCACGAGUGAGAGACUGAAUGAGCGAACGCGCUGAGAGAGAGAGAGAGAACUUGAACGCAAGUGUGCGAUGGCGAAAAGCGACUUGACUGUGAGAAGAACGAGUGUGAACGAAAGCAGCGAGAGUUUUUUCUGUAAGACCAUCAGAAGGACAUUCAUUUACAUUCUUCUGUCCCUCUUGUUCUGUCUACCUUCCUCCCUUUCUUAUAUUGCAAUCAUAUUUAAAGAGCUGCAUUUAAAAAAAAAAAUAGUGAAAUGUUUAAGUGACCUACUAAGUAUGUGUUCUUGCUUAAUAAUUUGAUGUGAAUGCUGUGUAUGGUGUGAUCUCACUGUUACUGAACUCAUGUGUGAACGUGAUGUGAUGCUGUCUGUGGGGGGGUUCUGGGAGUGUGCGGUGAAUGAGGGCGAGCGUGAGCUCUGAGUGGCUUAACUGGGGUGAUGUAUUGAUGAAAGCGAAGAAUGCUUCAAGAAGAGGUUGAUUUUGUUGUGUUUUGAAUGCUUUUUAUGUUUUGUGAAUCUAAGGGAACUCAAAUAAAAAAAUAAUUUAACUAGU